CAGGAGUUUGGAAGAACAUCAGGAACAUCCCCAUAUGUUGGCUCCAGUGACCCUGAAUGGAAAUUUAUCAAUGAAUAUGACCCAAUAUGGCCCAAUGAUUAUGAGAAAGUGGUGAAAGAAAUGAGAGAGAAGAGAGACCGAGAAGAAGAAGAAACAAGAAUAAAGGAAAGAGAAGAAAGGGAAAGAAAAAGAAGGGACAGGGGAAGUAGUGAAGAGGCAACAGGCUUUGCACGUCUGAGAGAACCAGAAGAGGAGGAAGAGGAGGAAGAGGAGCGACCACGAAGAGGGGCAGGUGCCGCCAUUGCACCACCCCCAUCCUUGGGGGCAGAUGAUGGAACUACAUCUCCAGCUGGUGCAAAUAAAGGACCUAAUUUUACUGGUCUUGGGAGUACCAUUGCUGCAAAAAUUAUGGCAAAAUAUGGUUUUAAGGUAUGGUACAUUAAUAUUGGAUGA